AUGGUUGAUAUUCCCACUGUGGUGUUAGAUCGGCUGGCAUUUAUAGAGGCUAACUAUCAGUAUGAGCUUAUCGCUCUGAGUGGCAGACCGCCACAAUGCCUAUUGCUUUUAGGUCAUGAGUCGCCCGACAAGAACUGCCUUCUAAGCAGAUGCGUAAACAUUCCCCUGUCUUUGAAACCAGUCGCUGCUUCGUGUACAAGCUUCGAAUACGACAUUAAUCAAGUGAACAGGCGCAUCGAACUAACUGAGUGCACUAAUCCGGGCCUGAAACCCCUAGGUAUCAUGGUGCUGAAUGAAACCCUAUAUGAUUAUUCGCCAACGUUGCAACGAUUGAUGACGCAGGUAGAUGGUUUAAGAUACCUUUUUACAUAUGAUCCCCUCCAAGAAUCUUCCCUCAGUUGUCACUCCGUGGAAUUGGAUUCUCAUCGAUUGACUUUGAAUAGAGUUCAUCACGAGCUGAGAGACUCAAGCAGCAAUAUGGAUCUCGGUUUCCGGGAGGCUGCGCAAGAUGAGGCAGCAAGUGAACAAGAGUUCACGAUUAAACUUGCGGGCAAAAUAAACCGCAUUAUUCAGUAUCUCCGGCAUUCUAAUGAUAUCGAUCCCAAGGUCUUGAGAAGCGUUUCGUUACUGGUGUCCCAACUGAGGAGACACCCGACUGACGACAUUGAAGAGGAAAUAAUGAAUAAAGAAAGCGAAAUUUCUGCUUUCAGAACGGCUUGUGAGCAGUGGGAAAUUGGAACAUGUUUCCUGAGAAACAAACCAGUUGAUUAA